UCAUCUCAAUAGUCAAAGCAGUAUUGUCCGCGUUCUCGUUCAAAGCACAACUAUACAUCCUAAACUCCUUCUAGAUUAUUUUGUUCAAGUUUAACUUUCAAACGGUGACAAUGGUUUCCAUUAAAAUCGUAUUGGCCGUGACCGUAAUGGUCUUAGCCGUCGCUCAAUGUGCGCAAGUACAAGUAGUUAGAACAGUCGAAAUACAAAGAACCCGUCCUGGAAGCGUUCAAGGCGACAUUGGAAAUAUCGAAUAUUCCAUGAGUGACUUGGUAAAACAAUUUAAAGAAGCCCUCAGCAAUCUAAACGAAAAAUACAAUGAGAUGGCAAAACAGAGCUUCAACGAUUUGUCAGACCAAUUGAAAUCUCAACUGGACCAAUUCUCUCAAAUGAUGGAAGAAAACGUCGACGUUCCCCAGUUAUUAAAAGACGCGACCAGGAAAUAUCAAGCCGCUAUGAACUCUCUCAUCCAACAUCUUCCCGACGACAUUUCCUUAAAAAAUAUCGAACAAAAGUUUGAGCGUGCUAAAAGAAACAUCAUAAACAAAUCCGCAGAGUUAAUGAAGAAAGCACACGGAAGCAGCGCGCAAAUAAAAAAGGAAAUUGCAGACUUCGCAGAGAAGCAACUUCAAUAUUUAAUUGAAAACAUUAGGGCACUCCAGAUGAACAUUGCUGAACAUUCUUCAUGAUGUCGCACAGAAUAGUAACUGUCAAUUAAAAGAAAUAAACAAGCCAUUCAUAUGUGGCAAUACCAAUUCA